UUAUUUCUUUGCAGAAGACUUAUAAAAGAAACACACCUUAUCAGCCAACACUAUUUCAUGGAGGUAAUUAAGGAUAUGUCUACAUCACUCCAUUAUGUAAAUGCAAAAUACAUUUAAAUUUCCAUCUUAUAGGUAUUUUAAAUCCUCUAAAAUGUUAAUUGUCACUUUAAUUCCUUAAUAGGUAAUUUAAUAACGAUCUAUUUAAUUGAUUUUAAAGUACAUACCAUGAGUAAAUUUAUUAAUAGCUAAAUCAAAAACCAAUUUCAUACAGACCUUGUAUUGAUUAACCUUUUAACAUUAAUUUCCUUAUUUUUGGUUAGAACAAUGAUUAAUUUUUUAGAUUCAAAAUUUAUACCAAAAGUUAACUGUAAAACACCUUCUACAGAGAGUUAUGAAGUUGAUAAUUUAAUUAGCUCAAAAUAUACCGAUAAAAUACGUGGUUUUAUAUCAUACCCAUCAUUUAAACCACCCGUUGAAGUAGAAUUCGAAUUUAUUUGCCCAGUAAACAUGCAUUACAUUAUUUUAAAUACAACCGUUGGCAAUCAGAGGUGUAAUGGUAUAGAAUUAUUCGCAAAAACCAACGAUUUGAGCUAUACAUCGAUAGGAAAAUGUAUUUUUGAUAACCCUGGUGUAGUUUUUUGUAACAGUAGGAAAUAUUCUAAAUCAAAAUUACCUCCUAACUUCAAUAACGAAUUUCAUUUAAGUUUCUUUAAAUCCAACACUUUUAAAUACUUCUUAAACGCUACUGGCAUCAAAAUAUUAAUAUUCAGAACAAACAAAUCGGUACCCUGUAUUUUAUCAGCAGAAACGUGGGGAAUACCUUCAAAAUUCUGCUCUCAAAAGACUAUAGAUACUAUAAAUAAACUUGCUAAUAAAAGUAUCCUUCCCCAAAUUUCAUCUGAUGUAAACACUGAGGAAUUUCGAAUACCUGAAGACUUUAGAGACGAAUUAACUUGUGAAAUAAUGACUUUACCCAUGACUCUUCCCAGCGGGAAAACAGUGGAUCAAACUACACUAGAAAAGCACUUACAAAGCGAAAAAUCUUUCGGUAGAAAACCUUGUGAUCCCUUUACUGGUAUAAAAUUUACUACAACUUUGAAACCAGUGGUAAAUGCGGCUUUAAAAAGCAGAAUAGACAUGUUUAUUUUCCAAAAUUCGCAUCGAGAAGAGUUGCGAAACGUGAAAAGAACUUUAGGCGGUAAUGCAAGUAUUUUUCCUGAAAGUUCUGGACAAAAACGGACUUUGGAUAGUGAUAAUAGUGACUUAGAACAAGCUAUAGCCAAUGCAAAACGAAGCAAACAUUUUGUUAAUUUUACCACUGAUGAAAGCGCCAAAAGUAAAUGUUUAUCUUGUAAUGAAAUUAGUAUUUUUUUGUAUAAACUACCUUGCGAUCAUUUUUAUUGUAGAUCUUGUCUGUUAAAAGUUUGUGAAACAUUGAAAUGCUUGAGCUGUGGUAAAAGUUUUGUAAAAAAUGACGUUCAGAAAUGUAAUUUUUGAUACAAACUGAUUAUUUAUUAAACUUACCAGUUAUGAUUUUCGUUUUUUAUUUAGAAAAUAGAUCAUUUUAAUCCAGUAACAACUAUUUAAAUACU